CCCGCCCUUCCCGCUCCCCGGAUGUGGCCGCCGCUCCGCCGGCUGUGGUUGGGUAACAUGGCGUCGUCGGUGGAGUAACGGGAUGGGGAAAGACGGCUAUCGUCACCUCAGACAGACAGACACAUCGUUAUUUUUCUGCAGCUGCAAUUGAUGAAGGGUCGGACAAGGUCUGUUAGAAUUUUCCAGUAUGUUUGGAAAGAAGAAGAAACGUCUUGAAAUCUCUGCACCUUCUAACUUUGAACAUCGGGUUCAUACUGGAUUUGACCAUCAUGAGCAGAAGUUUACAGGACUUCCUCAGCAAUGGCAGAGUUUGCUUGCAGAUACAGCAAAUAGACCAAAACCUGUGGUUGACCCAUCCUGUAUAACUCCUAUACAGUUAGCUCCUAUGAAGACUAUAGUCAGAGGAAACAGAGCAUGGAAAGACACCUCUUUAAAUGGCCUAUUGGAAGAGUUCAAUGAUAUUUCUGUGACUCGCUCAAACUCUCUACGUAGGGAGAGUCCUCCUGCUCCACCACAGAAAAGUUCAAACCAUAGCCUGUGCAGUCCAGAAGAAAAUGGCUAUGGCCAUUUUUAUCUCAGACAUUCACAUGAUAUUGAAUCUUCAAAAGAUUUUACCACAGGGAAAUGCAAAGAACAGAGCAAUCAUGCAGAAGAUGGGGACAGACAUCACAGAUAUAACAAAGUUGCUCAACAAAAUGGCCAGGAUUCUAACCGAGUUCAGUCUGUAGAAACAUAUUACUUAGAAGACAAUGUACAUAAGGCAGAUCUUGGUAGAUUGCCACCAGACUAUUAUGCAUAUUUGGUGUCAAAAAUUAGGCCAACAGACCACAUUGUGGCAAACAGGGACUCCCCAAGAGCUCAAAGCUCCCCACCCAUUCACAGGAGACAUCUACAAAGUACACCUUCUAGAACUGCUCAAAGAGAAAUUCCUAGGGAAAAAUUGGAAUACAAAGAGAAAGACCGGGAUCCAGACCCCCAAAGGGAAGAUUUGGACAAACGACCAAAGUCAUCUUAUGUCAUACAGACAAGUCCUCAACCAACUAUGAGACAGAGAUCAAAAUCAGGAUCUGGACUGCAGGAACCAAGUGUGCCAUAUGCUGCCAGUGCAUUUAAGUCAACACAUCCCACUGGACAUGCAUAUAGUUCAUACACAUAUCCCAGGCUGUCAGAGUCGACGGCUGUAUCAUGCAUUCCGAAGGUGGAUUAUGAAAAACUACAAAGGGGCGUAAGUCCUCCGCUGACUUGGUCAGACACUUAUCCUCGAGGCCCAUCAAAGCUACCUCAGGGUCCAACCAACCCCAACUACGCAACAUCUGGCCAUUAUUUUCCAUCAUCAUACUGCAAAUCAUCUCAAUACCACAAUACGCCGCCGCCGCCUCAAUCGAACUUUCAAUAUGUUAACCAAGGUGCUUACCAGUAUCCAAGCUGGAGUUCAUCAACACAACAGCAACCCACACGUGUAUCCCAUGAGCAGUUCAGAGCUGCUCUGCAGCUUGUAGUUAAUGCGGGUGAUCCACGGGAGUACUUGGAAAACUUCAUCAAGAUCGGAGAGGGCUCCACGGGCAUUGUCUGCAUUGUGACAGAGAAGCACACUGGGAAACAAGUGGCUGUGAAGAAAAUGGACCUAAGAAAACAGCAGAGGAGGGAACUGCUCUUCAAUGAGGUUGUCAUUAUGCGUGAUUACCACCAUGAAAAUGUGGUGGACAUGUACAACAGUUAUUUGGUGGGAGAUGAAUUGUGGGUUGUUAUGGAGUUUCUGGAAGGUGGAGCCUUAACAGACAUUGUUACACAUACCAGGAUGAAUGAAGAACAAAUAGCAACAGUUUGCUUAUCUGUUUUGAAGGCUCUAGCAUACCUUCAUUCUCAGGGGGUUAUCCACAGGGAUAUAAAGAGUGAUUCUAUACUUCUUACCAGUGAUGGACGGAUUAAACUGUCAGAUUUUGGGUUUUGUGCUCAAGUGUCAAAAGAAGUUCCCAGGAGGAAGUCACUGGUUGGAACACCAUACUGGAUGGCACCAGAAGUCAUCUCUCGAUUACCUUAUGGAACCGAAGUGGAUAUAUGGUCUCUUGGUGUCAUGGUAAUAGAAAUGGUAGAUGGAGAACCACCAUACUUUAAUGAACCACCUCUGCAAGCCAUGAGGAGAAUACGAGACAAUCUUCCUCCAAGAUUAAAGGAUGUACACAAGGCUUCAUCUGUGUUACGAGGCUUCCUGGACUUAAUGUUGGUUAGGGAUCCUUUACAAAGAGCAUCUGCACAAGAAUUAUUAAAGCAUCCAUUCCUCAAGCUAGCCGGACCCCCGUCCUGUAUUGUACCUCUUAUGAGACAAUACAGAUAUCGAUGAAGGGAGAGGAAUUCAGCACCUCCUGACACAUCAAUGAAAUGAGAAUGAAACAAUAGAUAAUAGUACCAGAAAAUGUGAAUGAAGAAGAUUGAAGGAUAUUACAAUGAUAGCAGAUUAUGAUCUUUCUUUAAAGUGUUGGUCAAAGAGAUAUACAAAGCAAAAUAAAGGAAUCUAUGACGUGUUGUACUCCAGUUCCCUGAGCUGCUGGUGUACCAAUUCAGGUGCAUAGUGCCGCAGUAUAAUCAAUCAGGUAGUCAGGAGUUGUAUUCCCGUGAUAUGACUUGGCUAGUGACUUCAAGCUGUACCUUCUGGAGCUUAGUUUCCUCAGGAGGUCAGUUUCUAUGGCUUUCAAAAUGUGCAGGGGAUAGAAUUCAUAUCAGCUUCAAAGAGUCGGAUAUUGUAACAGAUUUCAGCACAUUCAGAACUUUUCUGCAGGGUCCUGCUCAGUGAAUUGUGUGAAAUUUGUAUUUCUAUAAAAUAGUGACUUUUUUUUCUUUUGGUGAGCACUUUUUCCACACUUAGAUGUGCAAUGUAUUUUGGAUUGAAUUUGUAUCUUGCCUACAUUUUUUGUUUUCUGAUAAACUAACAGUGUUUUGUGGUGAAGUAACAGUUGUGAUAGCAAUCAGUAUUAAGAAGAUUUUUUCAGGGAAAUUAACAAGACCUUUACAUGGGUGGGGGUUAGUCACUUUGUAGGAGCAAAUGGUUUGAGUUGCAGAUAUUAACAAACUUGUUCCAAAUUUAUGUACUGAAACAAUUUGUUUCUGACUUAAGGCACUGUACUGAAUAUUAAAGAACUUGUUCACUUUGAUAAAUUAACAGUUUUUCUUGACCACAUGUUCUUUUAUCAUUUUUUAAGAAUAUUUUUGCUGCUGUCUACUCGUCAGUGUUUAUAACAUUAAAUUAAAUGUGAUGUUUGUUAAAUAUGGUUGCAUGUUUUAACAGUCAUGCAAAUUUUGAUGGAAACUUAGCUGUAUUGCUGCGUAGAGUGAAAUGUGUGUGCCUCUGC